GUAACAAGAAGAAGACACGUGGGAAAUUUGAAGUUUUCACACUUCACUGGAGCCUGAAGACAUUAGGUCUGGAAGAAGGAGACGAGAAUUAGGGAGACAACAACACACAACGCUCGCAGUCUGCUUGUACCAAAGUUUUGCCAAGAAGAACGCUCCUCCAACGCUGACAUGAUGUCCCAGCGCAGUGCUUUGAACAGCAUGUUCACAGAUGACCCAUUCUUCAGCCAGGAACGGCUUCUGUGGCCGCUCCAUCACGGGGCCCUUUCCUCGCUGCAGCAGGACUUCUUCAACCGGAGAGCCAAGCUGGCCGACAGCCUCUUGAGGGAGCUCCACGAUGGGCACCCCCUGCUCAGACUGAGCCAGCUUCCCCUCCUUUCCUCCACUUUGGCUGGGCUGAAUGAUGGAAAAGAGGAACAGCUAGAGCUUCCCAGCACAGAGCUGCAGAAACAAGUACAGCAGCCUUCAGAAAAUAACAGUGACCUCCUGGUCACCCUGGAUGCACGUGGUUACGCCCCCAGUGACAUCACUGUCAAACUGGAGGGGCGCAGGCUAGCGGUGGUGGCCAUGAAGCAGGCUGGGGCAGAGGAGAGCCAGACCUGCUCCUCCUCCUCUUCCAGCGCCGCCUUCUGCUCUUCGGCCUCAUCUCAGCUGGGGUUCGUCCAGAAGAUCGACCUGCCCGCUCACCUGGAUCUAUCUGGCCUGUCCUGUUCCCUGAUGGAUGAUGGACAGUUGCGAAUCCAUGCCCCUGUGGCCAAGCAGUCAAUCAGCGAGGAGCACCAAGUGCCCAUCCGGUUCAGGUCAUCGUUGGAGUUUCCCAUUACAAAGGACAAGACAGAGGGGGAGAACACAGACUAAUGCACAGUGUGACUGAAAUUCUUUUUCUAAAUAAAUAAAUAUGGAUAUGCUGUUGUACCCACACACGAACACUUCCACUAAAAGUCUUUGAGGAGAGUUUACAAAUGAAGAGAGUAUUUAUUUUGUAAUUAUCUGCAAUUUGUAUAAAUCUUUGAUGAAUAAAGUUUUGGAUUUU